UCCAGUGUGUGCCUCGCGCUCUCUCCACGGGAUGGCUCAAAUCAAAUGCGGAAGUUUCCACCCAGUGAAGCUGCUGCCGCCACAAGCAACAUGAGUGUUGACAUGACAGUUGAGCUGUAGCGAGGGGAAGCAGCGGCGAGUCGGUGACAGCGAGGCGGCCACACCGCAGGAAAGCACCGGAGCCAGCGCCGCCGAACUGGACUUCAGACCCACACAUGGCGUCUCUGAGCAGCGCAGACCGACGGGCUUUCGCUCUGAAAAUCAACAGGCACUCUUCUGCAGAGAUCAGAAAGCACUUCAGUGGGAACCAUGGCUUUCAACACAGCCGAACCAACUCCAACGCUUCGGCCUCAGUGUACCUCACUGUGCCUCAAUCGUAUGAAGCGGUGGAACCCUUAGACCUGGAGGAAUUCCUGAUUUCACAAUUAAGAAGUGGAGACUCCGUCCUGAUGCAGGAACUUGGAGACUUCCCUGACGAUGACCUGAAGGUGGAGCAGGUGGAGAAGGAGUGUCGCACUGUUCGACACUCUGUCCCUGAAGAUGGAGUGGAAUUGGAUCCACACGUGAGAGACUGUGUGAAGAGUUACAUCCAACCGUGGCUUGUGGUCUCGAGAAGGUACUCCAAGCUGCAGUAUUUUAACCCCCAAAGCUGCCAGGGGGGAUGGCUUGGGAGUUGGUAUUCGGGAGCGAGCAGGCUACACAAACCGCUCAGAAAACGCCAGGGACCUUUUGAGUACGACGUCCAGCCAGAGCACCCACAGAAGCCAGUCAAGUCUCCAACUCUAGCAGUGCUGAGUGAUGACUCUGGCCGCACACUGACCUCCUCCGACUUUAACUUGCGCUGUUUGACCCCAGACCAGAGAGUGGAGGGGCUGCUGGCCUUCAGCAGCCCAGAGGAGCUGGAUCGCUUCAACCAGGAGGCACGACAGGGGCACAGACACCCCGAGCUUUUUGCUCUGUACCCACCAGCCGAUGAGGAAGAUGCAGUGGAGAUCCGGCCCAUCCCUGACUGCCCCAAAGAACACACUGGAGAACGCGUACUGAUCCGAUGCCAGUCCAUCAAGUUUGAGAUUGACAUUGAGCCCGUAUUUGCCACUAUGGCCUUGUAUGACCUGAAAGAGAAGAAAAAGAUUUCGGAGAACUUCUACUGUGAUCUGAACUCAGAACAGUUUAAAAACUUCUUAAAACCUCACACUCCACAUGUGGAUCCGUCAACCCAGGCCAGAUCUGCCAUCUUCUCCAUCACCUACCCUUCCCCAGAUAUCUACCUGGUCAUCAAGAUCGAAAAGGUUCUCCAGCAGGGUGAGAUCAGCGACUGUGCUGACCCCUACAUAACAUUGAGGGAAAGUGACUUUGCAAAGAAUAAGGACAAGCUUGAGAAGCUGCGAGGCCAGGCAGAGACGUUCUGCCAUAGGCUGGGUCGAUAUCGAAUGCCCUUUGCCUGGGCCACCGUUAAUAUCAUGGAAGUCAUCUCUACUGCUAUGAUUGACCGUGAUGUCACAGACUCUGACAGCUUAAAAGGAGGUAAAUCCAGCAGCAUUGACCGGAGAGCACAGCUUCCCAGGAGGAAUUCUGAACGUUACAAUACCAUUGAUGAUCAAUUUUGUAGCAUUUCUGCCUUCAAACCUGCAACCAUCACUGUCAACACCAUCUUCAAACAGGAGGGAGACCGUUUGAGUGAUGAGGACUUGCUCAAGUUCUUGGCUGACAUCAAGAAAUCCUCCACUCCACAGAGGAGAAUCAAGACAAUAUCAGGUGCCAUAAAACUGGACAUGAGUCCAGUCCACGACACGCCAUUGGGAUGUUUGUCCACUGAGCUCAUCCCUCUGAUACCUGUGGCUGAGAAGAACACUCGGCACCUCAUUAAAGAGGUGCUGGAGUUCCCAUCCAGUGAGGUUUAUGUCCCUCACAACAUUUACAGGAACCUGCUCUACGUCUAUCCCCAGAGGCUUAACUUUGUCAACAGGCUAACAUCAGCAAGAAACAUCACCAUCAAAAUCCAGUUUAUGAGUGGAGAAGACCAGGCCUGCUCUCUGCCUGUCAUUUUUGGGAAAUCAAGUUCCCCUGAAUUUUUACAGGAAGUCUACACCCCUGUCACCUACCAUAACAAGUCCCCAGACUUCUAUGAGGAAGUGAAGCUAGCUCUCCCAGCCCAUCUGACAGAGCGACAUCACUUGCUAUUCACCUUCUACCACAUCAGUUGCCAGCAGAAACAGAACCAGAGCGGCAGCUGUGAGACGCUCAUUGGAUACUCUUGGCUGCCCAUAUUGAAUAAUGACCGACUACAGACUGGUCAGUUCUGUCUGCCCAUUGCCUUGGAGCGGCUACCUGUCAACUAUUCACUGCACACUCCUGAGAAACUUCCUGCUCAGGCCCCCCCGGUCAAGUGGAUGGACAGUCACAAAGGACUUUUCAACCUGGAGGUCCAGGCUGUGUCAUCUGUACACACACAGGACAACCACCUGGAGCGUUUCUUCACCCUCUGCCACGCCCUGGAGGGUGGAGCUAUAUUCCCGCUGCGGGUCAGGGAGGAGAAGAUUCCAGAGAACAAGCUGGAGCACGAGCUGAAGCUCAGCAUCAUUUCUCUGUCCUCCUCCAGCUUAGAGCCUCUGGUCCUCUUCCUCCAUCUGGUGCUUGAUAAACUCUUCACCCUCAUCAUGCAGCCCAUGGUCAUUGCUGGUCAGACUGCUAAUCUGGCCCAGAUAGCCUUCGAAUCAGUGGUAUCUAUUGUCAACAGUCUUCAUAACAGCCAGGAGCUCAUCAGAGACCAGCAGGGUAGGAACAGCCUCUUGGCGACCUACCUUUACUGGGUGUUUCAUCUGCCUGAUCCCCCUCAAGACAUGCAGAAUGCAGGUCCCGGGAGUAUGAUACCUUCGGCAGAGAGUCGUUACAGCACUAUGGGUCGGGCCACGGCAGCCACAGUCGGCAGUAUGCUUCUCCAGUCCAGAAUCCGCAGCAGCAGCAACCCUGACAUCCCCGGUCCGCACAACACAGCUGAAGACAUCGAGGUCAAAAAUAUCCUCGCUGCUAAGGGCCACAACAACCCAGGCAGCCGCAUGUCCACCUAUGUGGAUGUAAGCAACCACAAUAACCCCAUAGGAAGCACCAGGCCCUCCAACAGAAAGCAGUUUCACGAGGAGUUGGCCCUGCAGAUGGUUGUCAGCACCGGGGUCUGCAGAGAAAAUGCAUACAAAUAUGCCUGGUUCUUCUUUGAGCUACUGGUGAAAAGCAUGGCUCAGCAUGUGUCUCAUCUUGACAAGCACAAUGUCCCUCGAAGAAGCCGUUUCUCUGACCGAUUUAAAGACGACAUCACCACCAUUGUCUCUGUGGUUACAGCUGAGAUUGGGACCAUCCUUGUCAAACAACAUAAGGAGGUAGAGCAAGCAGAGAAAGUCAACAUCAGCCUGGCCUUCUUCCUGUACGACCUGCUGUCUCUCAUGGACCGAGGAUUUGUCUUUCAGCUUGUGAAAAACUAUUGCAACCAGAUGUCAGCUAAGAGUGUGUCAAUGCCAACAUUGAUCAGCAUGCGUCUGGAGUUCCUGCGAAUCCUGUGCAGUCAUGAGCAUUACCUCAACCUGAGCCUCUUCUUCAGCAGCCCUGCGUCCGCUCCAGCCUCACCAUGUCCAUCUAUCUCCUCACAGAGUUCCAGCUCAUUUAGUUUCCAGGAGCAGCAGAGGAUCUUGGGUCUGUUUGAGCUUUCUCAGGAUUUCAAACAGCAGCACUACCUCGCCGGUCUGCUGCUGACGGAGCUCAGUGCUGCCCUAGACAUGGAGUCAGAGGGUGGAAAGGUCCAGAGAAAGGCCAUCAAUGCCAUUUACAGCCUGCUGUGUUCCCAUGAUCUUGACCAUCGCUGUAUUAAACCCGAGGUCAGAGCCAAGGUGGCUGCUCUCUACCUCCCCCUGGUGGGGAUUAUUAUUGACUCCACUAACUAUCUGGACUUCACAGUUUCUGACACACGCGGCGGGAAAAACAAGACGGGCGGACCUGAGGAUGACCUUGAAAAUGCUUCACUCAUCAAUCAGUCUGUUGCCAUGGCGAUUGCUGGGAACCCUUUCAACACGUUGGGACGUAAUGUUCUCGUUUCCAUGGCGUCCCUGCAAGGUAAAUCUGUAGCCACCCUGGCAGCAGACACAAGUCGCCACCUGUUGGUGUGUUUCCUGUGGGUGAUGAAGAACGCUGAUAGGAGUCUGAUUCAGCGCUGGACCACAGAUAUGCCUCCCUCUCAGCUCAACAAGCUGCUGGAGCUCCUCACUAUCUGUGUAUCCUGCUUUGAGUAUAGGGGCAAGCAGAGCACUGACAAAGUGAGCACCCAGGCCUUACAGAAAUCUCAUCAGGCCAAGAUGCAGCUGGAAGAAGCCCUGCUGAGAGGAAUGGGAGCCCGCGGGGAAAUGAUGAAACGAGUUGGAGGAAUGGAUAGGACCAUGGGUCAGAGAGAGCACUUACGAUGGAGGAAAGACCUCACUCAGUGGAGACAGACCAACGACAGACAGGAUAAGACUAAAGCAGAGCUGGACCAGGAGGCUCUGAUCAGUGGAAACUUAGCCACUGAGGGCAACCUUAUAGUGCUGGACCUCCUGGAAACCAUCGUACAGGCAGUGCCAUUGUCUGAGUGUAAGGACAGUGUGGUUGGCGGGGUGUUGAAGGUGUUACUCCACGCCCUCACCUGCAACCAGAGUAGCACUUUCCUCUCUCACACCUUCAGCACACUCAGAGCGCUUGUUGUCAAGUUUGGGGACCUGUUGUUUGAGGAGGAGGCGGAGCAGUGUGCGGACCUGUGCCAAAAGGUGCUUCAGUACUGCAGCAGCCCUGUCGAUGAAAACAGGAGCCAGGCCUGUGCAACCCUCUACCUCAUCAUGAGAUACAGCUACAGCAAUGCCAGUAACUUCUCAAGAGUGAAGAUGCAGGUCACCAUGUCUCUGGCCUCACUGGUGGGCAAGUCAUCAGACUUUCAGGAGGAAUACUUGCGACGCUCACUCCGCACCAUCCUGGCCUACGCAGAGGAGGACACCGAGAUGCAGAACACUCAGCUGCCCUCGCAGGUGGAUGAGCUUCUAAGAAACCUUAACAGUAUUUUGUCAGACACAGUGAAGAUGAGGGAGUUCCAGGAAGAUCCCGAGAUGCUCAUGGACCUCAUGUACAGGAUAGCAAAGGGCUACCAGACGUCUCCUGACCUCCGUCUGACCUGGCUGCAGAACAUGGCAGAGAAGCACAACAACAGGAAGUGUUACACUGAGUCGGCUAUGUGUCUGGUCCACGCUGCUGCCCUGGUGGCCGAGUAUCUCAGCAUGCUGGAAGAUCACAAGUACCUGCCCGUUGGCAGCGUCACCUUCCAGAACAUCUCCCCCAACGUGCUGGAGGAAUCGGCGGUGUCGGAUGACAUCCUGUCCCCGGACGAGGACGGGGUGUGUUCGGGACGCUACUUCACUGAGGGCGGCCUUGUGGGAUUGCUCGAGCAGGCUGCUGAGCUCUUCAGCAAUGGUGGUCUCUAUGAGGCAGUGAAUGAGGUCUACAAGAUCAUCAUACCAAUCCUAGAGGCUCACAGAGAUUUCAGAAAACUGGCAUCCACUCAUGACAAACUACAGAGAGCCUUUGAUAACAUCCUUCAGAAGGGCCAUAAGCGGAUGUUUGGAACCUAUUUCCGGGUGGGUUUUUAUGGGGCCAAGUUCGGCGACCUUGACGAAUGGGAAUUCAUUUACAAGGAGCCAGGGAUCACACAUCUCCCUGAGAUAUCACACAGGCUGGAGAACUUCUACAGUCAGUGUUUUGGAGAGGAAACACUGGUGAUGAUCAAGGACUCUACACCAGUGAACAGAAAACAACUCGACCCCAACAAGGCUUACAUCCAGAUCACUUAUGUGGAGCCCUUCUUUGACGACUAUGAGAUGAAAGACCGGCUAACAAACUUUGAGAAGAACUUCAACCUGCGGCGCUUCAUGUACACCACGCCCUUCACCAAGAGCGGACGGCCGCGGGGGGAACUCAACGAGCAGUACAAGAGGAAGACCAUCCUCACUACCAUGCAUGCCUUCCCCUACGUCAAGACUCGCAUCAAUGUCAUCCAGAAAGAGGAGUUUGACCUGACUCCUAUUGAGGUGGCCAUAGAAGACAUGCAGAAGAAGACUAGAGAGCUAGCAGUUGCUACACACAGAGAACAGCCUGAUGCUAAGAUGUUACAGAUGCUGCUACAAGGCUCUGUGGGAGCCACUGUUAACCAGGGCCCAUUGGAGGUGGCCCAGGUCUUCCUGAAUGAGAUCCCAGCGGACCCAAAGCUCUUCCGUCACCACAAUAAACUGCGCCUGUGUUUCAAAGAGUUUAUAAUGAGGUGUGGUGAAGCAGUUGAGAAGAAUAAGCACCUGAUCACAUUGGACCAGAAAGAGUACCAGCAGGAGCUGAAGAAAAACUACAACCGCCUAAGAGAGAGCCUCAGGCCUAUGCUGGAGAGGAAGAUUCCCGAGCUCUAUAAACCCAUCAUCAGGCCCCGGCUGGAGAAAAGGGAUUCCUUCAAACGUCUAAGUUUCCGCAGAGCUCCGGAGGAAAACUCCUGAGAUGCCACAGCUCGUCUCAGAGAGAGAGAGUUAGAGAGUGCUACGGAGAGGAAGGGGAGGCUGUCACACAAUCAAGAGAGGAAAAAAGAGAAGAUAAGAUGAAAAAGGAGAAAUAGGAGGAAAAGAAAUGCUGAUGAUACCCUUGCACUCCUCUGUGCUGGAGCAGCGUAUUGUGUCCACAAUGAAAGACUCUCUAACAGUCCAUCAGUGUUGAUUAAUGUCUGAUGUAUGUCCAGUUUUAUCAUUUCAUGGUUGUUUGUUACAGGAGGCAAAAGGAGAGUGAGCACAUACAAAUAGGGAAGUGGGAAUCUCAAGCAAAGUGUAGCUUAUUGAGCAUUUCACUGUAAAAUCUUCAGAUGCUUUGGCUCUGUUGAUUUUUGACCUUCUUUUUUUUUGUAAACUGCAAGUCCUAAUAAUGCUGCAAACAUUUCCUCUGGGUUGGUAUAGAAGCAGACUAGAGUUCCUCUCUGAGUUCCUUGCUGGCCCAGGGCCUGUAUGUGUGCCAAUAAUCCCUGUGUCCUGUGUGUAUGUGUAUGUAAAUGUGUGAAUGGAUGUGUGUUUAUUUAGAUAAUGUUUGGAGUGGGAGAUUUUGGUGCCAUACUGAAGUCGCUUUGUACUCAGUGAAGAUAAAUGAUUCUGCUAUGUGCUAAUGGGCCUUUGAAAUUCUACUCUGGGCGUCUUUUGCGUGACAUGUGCCAGUUAGAGCAGUAAGAGUAUGGAUGGAUUUGUGCACUGGAAAAAGAGAGACAAUUUCCUGUGUUAACUCUCAAUGCUAUUCUUGUUUUAUUAUUGUUGGGCAUACAUGGCCAUGUAGCUGAUAGAACAGUUUAACUUAUUAAGGGUUUCACAGGAGGCAGAUAGACCUAUCCGAUGUUCUAAAUCCACAUUUUGUAUAUAGUAGAGGUAUUACAUCAGAUUGCUACCAAGAUGUUUACAAAGGUAUGAAAAACUAUUUUGCAUUUUAUUUUAUGGAAAUGUAUUUUUAGAUGAAAAAUAGCAAUAAUAUUAAAAAUGGAAUAUUAUUGAGUAGGCAAGAUUCAAUGACAGAGUGUACUGUAACAAUCUCGGUGUAUGUUCUAGUAGUUUCAGUACCUGUUUGUAAAUAGACCACUUCCUACGAUACACACAGUGCCAAAUUUAGUUCAUUCCUUAUAUUUACUUAGGAACUGAGAUACUUAACUAGAAAAGCAAUAUUUUGAAAAGUUACUCCACACAACUGUGCUUUGCAGUGUGAAUUAUGUUUACUCCAUAUUUCAGAAUACAUUCCAGAGGAGAAAUUUACUACUGCUUUGCAGUAUUGAAUAGUGACAGCCUGAUUUUAUUUGACAUCCAUGAAACCGCUCAUUUUAUUGGUGUUAUGUUGCAGCUCAUACUGUAUUUCAGUAAUUUAAAUGUGCCUGGUGUUUCAAAAGUGGGUAUACAUUUUGAUACUCAUUAUAAAUACUCAUUUGAAUAUUUCUCACUCUGUUUCCAGGUACAUCUCUUAUUUAUGAACUGUUGAAUGAUUUUAAAAUGGCUAAAUAAGAUGAAAAGGUUAUACAUUGUGCAUAUUAACUGUGAGAAUUAACAUGCAUACCCAUUUUUAAAACAUGCAAUAUAUUGCUGAAAGUUGAUGUUAUAUAUAUAUAUAUUGGUGGCAUUCAACCACUGGAGACUGCAUUUAGUUUCUUUAUCAGUUGUUUGUAUGUCCAUACCUGUUGUGUUUUAUUAAAUGUGGAAUUUUAACUUGUCAUGCAUACAAUGCUGUUGAAGCACCUGAAUAAAACUUAAUAUAUG